CAUCCGGGAACUACUACGAACUCGCUCUCCAACAUGGCGGCGUCAGCUAAGAAGAAGAAUAAGAAGGGGAAGACCCUCACUCUGACUGACUUCCUGGCAGAGGACAGUGGAGGCAGCAACGUGGUCCCCAGCUACCCGACCAAGUCCACUAGCUGGGCAGAUGAGACUGACGACCUGGAUGGCGACGUCUCGACUUCGUGGCACACGGAGGAGGAUAGCUACCGGGCACCACCCAUUGACCGCUCCAUCCUGCCCACAGCACCUCGCUCAGCUCGUGAACCCAACAUCGACCGGUCCCGACUGCCCCGCAGCCCGCCUUACACGGCCUUCCUGGGCAACCUGCCCUAUGAUGUCACUGAGGACUCAAUCAAAGACUUCUUCCGCGGCUUGGCAAUCAGUGCAGUGCGUCUGCCUCGAGAGCCCAGUAACCCCGAGAGGCUGAAGGGCUUUGGCUAUGCUGAGUUUGAUGAUGUGGAUUCCCUCCUGAGGGCCCUUAGUCUCAAUGAGGAGAAUCUGGGAAACCGAAGGAUCCGUGUAGAUAUUGCUGACCAAUCUAAUGAUAAAGAGAGAGACAGUGGAUCUAUGGGAGGCCGAGACAGGGGUGGACGGAUGUCGGACAUGGGUCCUGACAAGACAGACACUGACUGGAGGGCUCGGCCCAGUGCAGAUUCCGACGAUGGACCCCCCAGGAGAGAUGAUGCCUUUGGAGAGAGAUCACGGGACCGUUAUGAGUCAGAUCGUUACAGAGAUGGACCACGCCGGGACAACGACCGUUAUGACGGAGGAAGAGACCGCUACCGGGAUCGCUAUGAUGACAGGGACCGCAGAGACUAUGAUAGAGGAGGUUUUGACUCUCGUGAUCGUGGUGGAGGUCGUCGGGCCUUUGGCAGUGGCUUCCGCCGCGAUUAUGAUGAUAAUCGGGGUAGCAGUGAUCGCUACGGGGAUCGGGAUCGCUAUGGCGAGCGCGAAGACCGGUAUGAGAGACGUGAUGACAGGCGUGAGGACAGAGCUCCUCAGCAGAGACCCAAGUUAAACCUGAAGCCCCGUAGCGUGCCCAAGGAGGAGGAUGGUAGUGCCGGCAGUGGUACUACCCAAGCUGCGCCCCCAAGCUCCGGCAGUAGGGCCUCAUCCAUCUUUGGUGCGGCCAAGCCGGUGGACACAGCAGCCAAGGAAAGGGAGGUGGAGGAGAGGCUGAAGAAACAGGAAGAGAGGCUGCAGAGGCAGCUGGAAGAGGACAAAAGCCGGGGACCUGACAGAAAGAUGCGAGACAGGGAUCCAAGCUGGCGCAAUGAGGAACCUCACACUGAACGAUCUCGUACAGGAAGUGAGUCCUCACAGCAAGGAAGCACCUCAAGAGGGUCUCGGUGUCGAGAUAGCGAGCGCUCUGGAGAGAAUGAGGUUUUCAGUGGGAGAGAAAGUGACCCCUCCUCCCCUGGGGCCUCCCCGCAGCCCCCCUCUACCGGCUCCUCCAAGGAGCCGCUGAAGGUGAUGCCUGCACCUCCUCCCAAGGAGAACGCCUGGGCCAAGAGAAGUGCAGCCAGCACAGGCUCUAGCGAUGGUGAUGGACGACCUCCAGUCUCACCGGUCUCCCCAAGUGGUUCAGCUCCUCCCAAGCUCAGCUCCUCAAGCUCUGCAGAUGUAAGAGGAUCUGGAAAAGAUGAGAACAAGGCUGACGGUGUGCGUCGGGACCGGGGGCCCCCACGGGCACGAAUGGGGCCUGCAGGGCCUGGAGCAGGGCGGGGCCGAGGAGAGGGGCCCAACAGAGACCGAAGAAAGGAGGCAGACAGAAAGGAUAACAGAAGAGACCGAGACUCCAGACCACCCCCAGAGCCAAAGAAAUUCGAAGAAUCCCCAACCCCUAAGUUCAGCUCAGCCAGUAAGUACGCCGCUUUGCUAAUGGAUGGAGACCAAGGAGACGACGCAGAGGACGUAGAAUAGAGCGAAAUUAACGAGACAAGGCCUGAAAGCGCAAGACAAGGAGAAAAUGUGGAAUGCAGAAAAAAAAAAAUCUCACAUAGCUUAUGAAAAAACUCCAUACAUGGAAGAGGCUCCUGGGAGGACAUCACUCCCUCCCUUCUU